CACCGCCGACUGCACCGUACAACAUCAAGCUAUCGACUGCGCUCCAGCUUCCCUCCGGGAGGAGCACUUCCCUCGCGUCAAAAAAAAAAAAAAAACCACCCUCCUUUCCUUUCCUCCGAUCCCGCAAGUCUCCGGCGAAAUUCGCGUCCUUCAAUUCUGCAUCGAAGCAGCGGCGUUCGAGCUCCGAUUCCGUACAAAUCGCCUUCUACGAUGUCAAAGCCCUCCUCGCGAUUGCUCCAAGGCGUCCUGAGAUUGCAUCGCCGCCACCAACUCGACCUCGCGAAAUCGUCCCCGCCGGUUCCUCCUCCCACUUCGCGACCGCGGCCGUCGAUCCCGCCGUCGCCCGCUCCUCGCCCCCUCCUUCUUCUCCCCCGCCCGUUUCCUCUCUCCUAUCCGCCGAGCACGGCCGCCGGCAGCGCGCGAAAUUCGUGCCAGUCUAGAGCGUUCGGUAAUCUCGCCGCGUCCGAGGUGCUCCCUCCUAGGACAGGCCAGGCUUCGUCCAAGAGCUUCUCGCCGGCGGGACUCGGUCCGUCGAGAUUGAACUGCUAUGGGGUUAGGCAUUUCUCGUUCCAAAGCUCGGGGAAUGGGGGUUUCGCGAAGAAGGUUCUCGAGAAGCCGACAAUGUCGGUUCUUUCUACGUUUAGCAAAUACCGGGAGGCCAUUGGGCUGCAAGUGGAGUCGUUCUUGAGGAGCAAUUACUUGGUCCUCGUGGGGGCUGCAGCUGUGUUGGUGUGCGCCUUGUUGUGGAGGAUCAUGUUUGGGAUUGCUAACACCUUCGUCGGGAUCUCCGAGGGGAUGGCAAAGUACGGGUUCCUUGCCCCUUCAUCCGCUAUUGUCGCCUUUGCUUAUUCCUUAAUUUUAGUCCGUCCUCUGUAUGUAAAGGCCAUGAUAAGAGCAAGACCUUACGGUUAGGAGGACGGCAUUUGGAUGAGUGUGUCACCACUAAAUGCUUACCUUUUUGUCAACUGGUAUUGGAGCGCGAGGUUGAUUAUCCAACCAACAAUUGUUAUAAGCAAGGCAAGGACCUUGGAUUUCCUGAUGACUGUGAGUUUGCUGAAUCUCUUUGGUUUUUAAAUUAGCAGCUUCAUUUGCAAUGUGGCAUUCUGCUACAGUGCAGGUUCUGCCGCUGGUCUGGCUUUUAGUUAAGUAAAUGGGGAGUGGCUGUAAGUGGAAUACUGUCUGGCAUAUCAGUCUUUCAAGUUCUCAAUUCUCCAAGGCGACUUCUUUGUACAGUUUCUUGUGGGUUCUACAAAAAAUCUUGAGGCCAUGAGUAUAUCUAUUGGCCCAAUGAAUUCCUUCCAGUUAUGCGGCGAAA